UUUUUACCCCAUAUAUUUGGUUUAUAUUUUGUGUAAUUUUUAAUUUAUUUUUUUUCUUUUUUGGAAAAAAUGGCACCCGUGAUUAAAGGCCAGCAGUUAUUAAACAUUUUAGACGAUAUGCAGCAGCCGGCACAAUUAACAAAAGUGGUUGAACAAAUUGCUCUAAAUGUCGAUCAACCCCUUAAUGUGGCCUUUAUGAACAAAGCAAAAUCUGCGCUGGAAGCUGGCGUCCGAUAUGGGUAUAUUGGAAAAAGAAAUGAUCACUACUUCGUUCCCGAGGAAACAUCCGAUAUGGUUGCUGAAAACGUGGAAGUUGUUGUACCCAAAACAAAAAGUGUGGAUAAAAUCACAACCGAUGCCGAUGAUCCUCCCGCACGAAGAGGUCGAAGACGACGUCGUGCAUCUAGCAGCCGCUCUCGUAGUCGUUCACGCAGUCAACCAGUCCGUAGAAGCUCGAGACGUCGUCGUCGCCGUUAAUAUGUAAAUGUCUUAUGUAAACUUAUAUUGAAAAUUGUGGGAAAUAAAAUUGAUGUGAUUUGGAAUAAAUAAAUAAAAUGUGUCCAUGUUCCAGUUAA